AUGAAUCUUGAAUUUCACAAACUAGGCAAUUUUCUUCAAUUGAAUAUUUUUGAAUUUCAGGCAUUUCUUUUAUGUCCAUUACCUGAACAUACCCCAUGCGAUAAUACCAUAUCUCGACCUCAAUUAAGUAUAUCACAUGAUAAUACAACAGUUCGAUUAACUUUGAAUUUACCUUCAACACCAAUGGAAUCAAUACAAAAUUAUGAAAUUUAUGCAUAUAAACAAAAUGCAACAACAUCAUCAUCGGAUUGGAAAAAAAUUGGUACAGUUAAAUCAAUGCGUUUACCAAUGGCAGUUACUUUAAAAGAAUUUCAAUGCAAUUGUCAUUAUGCAUUUGCUGUUCGAGCAAUAUCAAUUAAUAAUAAUUUUGGUCCUUUUUGCGAACCAAAAACAAUAUUUACAGUAAAUACAUCUAUUGAACCUCGUAAUGCAAGUCAAUUUCUUAAUAUAGCAUUAUAA